CCAAUUUAUUUAAGUUGAAAAAGUCUAAACACAUAAUAAUGCCAGUGGUGAACCACGCGUAAAUACACCCAAUUUUCUUUCAUCUUCUCCAUCACUACAAUCAAUUUCACAAAUCUUGAUUCAGUUUCAUCAUCAAACCCUAACAAUGAGUUUCUUCCAUCUUCUCCUUUCACUCGCAAUUUCAAUCGCCCUUGUCUCCGCUUUCUCCCCCGCCGAUCACCACCUCAUUGACUGCGGCACCACCGCCUCCACGGUGCUUGACCACGACCACCGGCCCUUCACCGGCGACGGAUCCUCUACAACCCUCUCAUCAACCAAAUCUUUAUCGUUAAAGAACUCAAACCCAGAUCCCAAUCUGUCCCCAAUUUAUCACACAGCUAGGGUUUUCACGAAACCCUCACAUUACAAAUUCAAAAUUCAAGAAAAAGGGACUCACUUGGUACGUAUUCAUUUCUAUAAAUUCGAUUUUAUGAAUAUUGGAACCACGUGUCAUGAUCAAUUUCAUGUUUCUGCUAAUGGGUAUGUGUUGUUACACAAUUACUCUGUUUCGAAAGGAAACCCUAGAAUUAAGGAUUUCUUGAUCACCGCUGAUGAAGAUGAGCUCGUGAUUAGGUUUAUUCCGGUUGAUCAAACUAGCUUUGCUUUCGUUAAUGCGAUUGAGGUGAUUUCUGCUCCUAAAGAUUUGAUUGAUAAUUUCAAGUAUGUGAGCUUUGAUCAUAAUAUGAGAUAUGCUUAUGAGAGUGUUUAUAGGGUUAGUGUUGGUGGUGUUAAAGUGACACCUUUUAAUGAUUCUUUGUGGAGAAAUUGGGUUCCUGAUGAUGAGUUUUUGAAAUUGGGUGAUGGGUCGGUCGAAAGCUAUAAAAAGAUUCACUUCGAUGGCCGGAUUAAUUACCGGGUAGGUGGUGCGAGCCGUGAAGUGGGACCGGAUAACAUGUACAACAGCGCAAGAUUGAUUUUUGGUGUGAAUGAUUCGGUCCCGAAAGUGAAUAUGACUUGGGUUUUUCCUGUGAAAAAGGGGUUUAGCUAUAUUGUAAGGUUGCAUUUCUGUGAUAUUGCAAGUAUUUCGAUUGGGUUGAUUUACUUUAAUGUGUAUAUAAAUGGGAAUUUGGUUUACGAGAAUCUGGAUCUCUCAACUCUCACAAACUAUAUGCUAGCUUCACCGUUUUAUGCUGAUUUUGUGGUUGAUUCUGAGAAGUUUUCUGAUGUUAUAAGAGUUGAUAUCGGUCCUUCAAAGUCGAGCAUGCCACAUGCGGUUGAUGGUAUGUUAAACGGUGUGGAGAUAUGGAAGAUGAGUAAUUCGAUGAGUAGUCUUGAUGGUGAAGUGUGUGUCGGCCAGUUAGAGUCCAAAAGCCAAUCGGGUGGUCAGAUGAGCCGUUUACUAUCGUUGACAGCUGCAGUAUGUUUAUUGGCAAUUGCGUUUUUGGUUAUGAGAAGAAAGGCCGUGGCCAAAGGUUUAGCUGGAUGGUCACGAGUACCCGUUGAUGUUUCUGAAAUCGAUCUUAAAUCUAGUUACCCGAAGUCUGCUGGGGUAAGUGUUUAGUUUGAAAAAUUCAUUCAAAUGCACGAAGGUGAAAAUCGAAGAACGGACACUCACGUAUGGACGUAACUACACUUCAUAACUCUAUAAACUUUUAGUACACUUGUUUUGAUUUUCUGAACUAUCAUACUUGGCUUUUCAAUUUUUCGUCACAAAUUAACUAUCGUUCUUGCGGAAGUAACAAAAGAUUAUAUAUCAUAUCUUGCAAUAUGAAUGAUGUUUUACAAGCAUGCCAAUGUUUGUCUAAUGUCAUGAUAGUAUUUUCUCAAGAACGAUGGUUUAUUUUGCGAUGAAAUCCAAUCACGAUGCUCAAAACGUCAUACUCUUGUUUUAGGACAUGUUUUCCUGCACGUUUGUUGUUUAUGCGGUAUAUAAGUUAUUGUUUUGUUGGAUUGUUGAACCGAAAAUUAUGUGUUAUUGUAGUAAUUGUCUAAUUAUGCACAAUAACAAUAUUUUAUGUAGUGUUGUGUCUCA